GUACAGGGAAGUCUCUGCAUGCAUUGGACAGUAUGACGACAGCGACAUGGUCUGCGACGGAGAGCCCCGACCGUGUUGUGGGAGUUCAAUCCAUGGCUUCCUUUUGGGCGGGAGCUACUCCGGAUAUCCUUAGCAGUUUUCUCUUCGAAGAGGAAGCUAAUGAGGCGAGCAACCGCUACAGUCUCGGAUUGCUUGGGUUGCGCGAUUGGCUGAUCUGUGAGUUUCCGGGCGAGGCUGUUGAGACAAUUGUUGAUGAAAACACAAAGCCCAUUCUGAAAGAACAGGUUCGAGCCACACGAGACUCCAUGGAACUGGCUCUAGGUGUUCUGUCGGACUCCCAGCGCCUGACCGAUGACUUGUUCUUGAAGUUGGCUAAGUGUCAAUCUACAGCACAAACCAUGACCGAUCAUAUCAAGAAGAAUUAUUCUCUAGAUGAUAGUGUCGCAGCGAAGAAGCUAGAGCUGACCGAAAAGUGGGCAAAGGAUGAGCAGGCCCGAUUGAGGCAAGAGGCUGCUUCCAAGUCGGAGGAAGCUGUGUCUGCAAUGGAGGUAGCCGCCCAGCAUGUGCAUACCAUGUUCCGCACCGUGCCUCAGACAUCGUGGGGAUCAGUCAUGGUUUGCAAGAUGAAUGAAUGGGCAGAGCUGGAAGCGACCCAGCUGGAGGCUAUCAAGGUAGCUCAGGCGAAGCUGCAGGAUCGGGUUCGUCAAUCUGCUACUCCACAGAAUGCUAAUGCUGAUGCAGAGCUAGAGGUGCCACCUGCUGACCUGGUUGGACCGCCACCGGACAACAAUCUGCAGGUGGUGCUGCUAUCGCACCAGGACCCUGCAACCCCUGCCAUCGCCCGUGGAGUCAGCUCGGAUCGCCAGCCAGAAGAUCUAGAGGUGUUUGAUGCUGAAAACUUCGAGGCUGAGCUUCUUCAGAUGAUGAAGUCUCCUCUACCACCCGAGCAGUAUAUGCAGGAGUGUGACAAGCUGAAGCCGGUGGACGCUGGACAGGCAAGUGAGUCUGCAGAGAAGGGUAUGGGCAAUCAGAGUGGCCAGGGAAGCGCGGACCAGGGACAGCCAAGUGAGCCUGCAGAGAACCGGGGCAACAAUCAGAGUGGCCAAGCACAGCCAAGCCAACCUGCAGAGAACCAGGGCAACAAUCAGAGUGGCCAAAGACAGCCAGCCGAGGCUGCAGAGAAGGUGGGGGGCAAUCAGAGUGGCCAGGGACAGCCAAGUGAGGCUGCAGAGAGGGGCAAUCAGAGUGGCCAGGCACAGCCAAGUGAGGCUGCAGAGAAGGGGGGGGGCAAUCAGAGUGGCCAGGCACAGCCAAGUGAGGCUGCAGAGAAGGCGGGGGGCAAUCAGAGUGGCCAGGGACAGCCAAGUGAGGCUGCAGAGAAGGGGGGGGGCAAUCAGAGUGGCCAGGUUCCAGCUGCCAGUGCAGUCCAUUCCAUCGUGAGCAGCCUGAACCGCAGGGACACAGCCGAGAUCUUGCAGGACCCUGGAACCCAGAUCAAAGCUGAUGAGGUGCCAGAACUAGAAGCAGAGAAGCUGGCAUUGAUCAAGGCUAUCCUCGAUGCUGCUGCCAACCGUUACCGGAACAAAGCGGUCUUGGAUGGGCUCUACGAAGAGUGGGUCAAGAGCGAAGAGAACUGGCUGAAUUCCACUAUCUAUUUGGAAGCCAAGCGCAAGAAUAGCAAGAAGUUUGAAAGUGCAGAAUGCUACCUCAGCUACAAAGCUAUUCGUGAGAAGCACGGGAAGCUCCUUGCGCAGUCUGUCGCUCACGAGAAGAAAGAGCUUCAAAAAAUGCACGGUGACAAGUACGAAAACAUGCCUUAUUGGUUUGAGAACCCCGACUUCAGGGGAGUUGAGGACGAAGAGCUCUUCCUGAUGUUCGAUCACUGUUCCGUCACCAGCAAGGCUAAGGACACCAAGGAGGUCUCCUUCCAGACCGGUGUGCAACUGGAUGGGGCUAUGCCAUCGUUGAUGAAGCCGGGUGCCCUCGAGACCGGCCUGAAGCCACCUGCGGUGGAGAUGCCAGGAUCCAACCUGCCACUCGGUGGAGCCCAGCUACCGGCUAAUGGUAAAGGCGGCGGUCGCCGACCCCUACGAGGUCAGCCAUCCAAUACUUCCCAGAAAGGAAAGACUACCCAAGCAAAGUCCCAACCUGCACUGACGGUGGCAAAUGCUCGGCUUCGUGAGUCAGGAGCCAAACUCAUGGAGAUUAAAGGCUGGAAACAAGUCAUCAAAGCAAAGGUGGGUAUGACCACCAAAAUGCGGGAUGGGUUCAUGGAAGAGAUCCAGGUGCACGAGAAGGAGAUGAAUGCAGCGACCGAGGCACUCCAGCAUGCGAAAAUCUCUGGGGUGAAGGACGAUGCAUCCCUUGCUCCUUUGAACACGGCUUUGAGUAAGACCCUGGAUGCCUACAACGCCUAUGAACGACAACUGAAGACGAUGUUUGAGCUUCGACUUCUUACUAGUAGAUGUUCUUAG